UGAAGAAUUGGGUAAGUCUCUUAAAAUGUAGUGUUGUACAUUUUCUCCAGUAUCACAUGACCUCAUCAAUAUGAAUAAAUUUUUAGGAACAUGUAUUUUAUUAAUACCAUUCAUGUUCAUUUCACUCGGUUUGAAGGUUUGUGACAGUUUUAUAUUUACUUUACACAGAAAACGACGACACUGAGGCUGAAGCACCACAGAAAAAACGCGUCAGAUUCGAGGAUGAGGAUGAAACAGAUAAUAAUCUUACAGGAUUUCCCGAAUCUGAAACAGAUCUCCGGACGAUAUCCACCUUCGCCAAACUGGAAGAAUGGGUGUCGAAACCAGGAAUCAGCCAAAAGAUGAUCAGUGACUUGGAGAGAAAACUUGGUGAUGAAGGCAUGGCAGCUUUGAGAAAAGAAUUAAAGGUUAAAGAACCAAGAAAUAGUUUAUGCUUCAAUGCGUCCAAUAUUGAUGAUAUCAGGAAAAAUAAGGAACUUGAAAGAUUUCUCAACACAACACAGAAGGCAAAAUUUCCUAAAUUGACAUAUGACAUAUGGUUUAAGAAAUGUGCCUCUGCCUCAUCAGGAAACAGAGCUCAAAGCUCCAUUGAUUUUAAUGAGUGCAUAGAGGCGAUGACCGAUUUAAGCAGCAGUGGAAUUGAAUCUUCAUUAAACUCAAGUCUUAAUAAUAGCUACUCUGUAGUCAGUUUCAACUAUUUACCACAAAAUGAUGAAGGAUUACCAGAUGAAGAUUGCAGAUACACUGGAGACAUGGAUAUUAUGAUUCAUGAGAAUAAAGACAAAGAGAGUGAGUUCAAAACCCCUGAAAAGCUCCUUGGUGGAUCAUUCAUCCAAAUGGACCCUGAGGUCAAUGCUGAUGCACCAUCACAGGAACCUGUGAACAUGCAGAAUACACACAUUGAUGAGAUGGAAGAGCAAUCUCAAAGAUCAUAUGUUCCAAAUGUCAUGAGGCAUGAAGAUGAAUCUCUGCACCAAAAUGAGCAAAUCACCGAAAAAGAAACACCACUAGAUGAUGGACUUGGAGGCCCAUUCAUGCAGGAAACAUGCAUUGAUGAGAUGGAUGAUGAACCUCAAAGAUCAAAUGUUCCAAAUGUCAUGAGGCAUGAAGAUGAAUCUCUGCAACAAAAUGAGCGAAUCACAAAGAAAGAAACGCCAUUAGAUGUUGAACUUGGAAGCAAGGAUUUUCAGGAAAUACAAAUUGAUGAGAUGGAUGAUGAACCUAAAAGAUCAUAUGUUCCAAAUUACCCAAGGCAUGAAGAUGUGUCUCUGCACCAAAAUCAGUCAAUCGCCAAAAAUGAAACACCACUAGAAGAUGGACUUGGAAGCACGGACUUUCAGGAUGCACACAUUGACGAGAUGGAUGAUGAAUCUAAAAGAUCGAAUGUUCCACAUGUCCCAAGGCAUGAGGAUGAAUCUCUGCACCAAAAUGAGCAAAUCACCGAAAAAGAAACACCACUAGAUGAUGGACUUGGAGGCACAUUCAUGCGGGAAACAUGCAUUGAUGAGAUGGAUGAUGAACCUCAAAGAUCAAAUGUUCCAAAUGGCGUGAGGCAUGAAGAUGAAUCUCUGCAACAAAAUGAGCGAAUCACCAAGAAAGAAACGCCAUUAGAAGUUGGACUUGGAUGCACGGACAUGCAGGAAACACAAAUUGAUGAGAUAGAUGAGGAACCUCAAAGAUUGAAUGUUCCAAAUGUCCCAAGCCAUGAAGAUAUAAACCUGUGCCAAAAUGAGUCAAUCACAAUAAAAGAAACACCAUUAGAAGAUGGACUUGGAAGCACAGACAUGCAGGAUGCACAAAUUGGUGAGAUGGAUGAUGAACCUAAAAGAUCAUAUGUUCCAAAUUACCCAAGGCAUGAGGAUUUAUCUCUGCACCAAAAUGAGUCAAUCAUCAAAAAUAAAAAACCACUAGAAGAUGGACUUGGAAGCACAGACAUGAAGGAACAAUGCAAUAAUGAGAUAGAUGAGCAACUUAAAAUAUCAAAUCCUCCAAGACGUGAAGAUGAAUCUCUGCACCAAAAUGUGCAAAUCACCGAAAAAGAAACACCAUUAGACGUUGGACUUGGAUGCACAGUCAUGCAGGAAACACAAGUUGAUGAGACGGGUGAUGGACCUAAAAGAUCAUAUGUUCCAAAUGUCCCAAGGCAUGAGGAUGUGUCUCUGCACCAAAAUGAGACAAUCGGCAAAAACGAAACACCACUAGAGGAUGGACUUGGAGGCAUGUUCAUGCAGGAAACAUGCAUUGAUGAGAUGGAGGAGGAACCUCAAAGGUCAAAUGUUCUGACGCAUGCUGCAUCGCUGCACCAAAAUGAGUCAGUCGUUAAAAGCAAAAUCCCACUAGAAGGCAGAUGUGGGAACAUGCACAUGCAGCAAAAUGAGCAAGAAAAUAUGCAGGUUAAAUCUGGGCCUUUUCUUUCAACGCAGCUGCAGAAGAACAGUCCAGGUUCAGCAUCAGAGCAUACGGAAAGCAAUGCUACAGAGAGCUCGGUGCUAAAUAAAGACACAGCCAUACUAGCUAAAAACAGAGAUGUGAAAGAUCGGAUCGAAACUUCAAAAAAGAGGGAAAACUCAAAAUGCCAGAAGGAAAAGAAGAAAAAAGAAAAGGAUAAACGGCUUCAUGACUGGGCACUGAGACAAUGUAAUAACCGUGAAGAGGACUUAAAGAACAUAUUUGACCAGAUCUCAAUUAUAAACAUGGCACAACACAGCGAUUAUCCAUGCUUUACUGCUGAAAAUGUCAUGGUGUAUAAAUACUUAACUCCCGAGAGCCAAAUUAUCUUCAUCACCGAUGACAAUACCUCCGUCAAAACUAUGACCACGGUCCAUUACCAAAUGUUUGUGUGUAAGAUUAAGAGAGCCAUACUCUUAGGUCCUAAAGAACCUCACGAACAGGAGAUUCCAUAUAAGAUAUCUCAAGUGCCUAUAGAUAAGUGUACAGAUUUUAUUUUCAAAGCGUUCGCUCCUGCUCUUACGGUGUACAAACAGAUUCAGAAAGAAGAGAAACUGUACUCUCUCAUCUGAGUGCAGUCGGGGUGUUAUUCCACUAGAGCAGUGUAGAGCGCCGCAAAUUCAGCUACUGACAAAAUGUUAUUGUGACACUGUAACUAUGUGUUGUGGGAUUAUUUUAUUAAUUUUAAGAACAGUUUAAUUAAAUUCAUUUCUGUAACUUCACUUCACUCAUGAACACGUGCCUUGGGUCAUGAUGUUCUGUCCUUGUACAUGUUUUUCUCCUACCUUC